AUAUUUUUGAUUACCUGCCCCUGAUUACUCUGUAUUAUUGUUUUGCCAUAAGUUCAUAUUUUAUUUUAAUUUUUUGGAUAGGGUGUCGAUAAACAUAUAAAAUGCCUCUUGGGGUUAAACCUGUGUGUGCAGGUUGCAAGAGCAGCAAUUCCACGAUGUGGAGCAAAGGAGAAAAGGGUGAAAUUAUGUGCAAUGCGUGUCUAACAAAGCCAAGCUUAGUGGGGAAAGACUCGAAUUUCAUGAAUGGCGUUGCUCCUUCAAAGAAAGCACCUUCGAGCACAGAAAGUGCACAAGACCGCGUCCUAAGAAAGAGCUCCAGGAACAAGCCUUCAAAAUACAGAGUUGCAAAUUCCAAGCCCAUAGCUACCAAAGGGAAAGGACGUCGGAUUAUAUUCAAGAAAACGCAACCUGUCAAGGCUCCAACAGCAGUUUCAACUGUAGUUACUGGGACCAGUAUCUUCCAUGAUGGCACAUAUUACCAAAUAGGGGAUAUAGUCUCUCUGAUAGACGAUGACGAGGUCCUCUACUAUGCUCAGAUUCGUGGCUUUCUUCAGGACCAGUAUUACGAGAAGAGUGCAGUCAUCACCUGGCUACUGCCCACCAGACACUCGGACCGGACCAAGUUUGACCCAUCCACUUAUAUCUUAGGGCCAGAGGAAGAUCUGCCCAGGAAAAUGGAGUAUCUGGAGUUUGUAUGCCACGCCCCUUCUGACUAUUUCCACGACAAAACAUCCCCUUAUCCCACCUUCAAAAACACCCCCAACCUCUGUUAUAUCUGGUCUUCACUGGGCCCAGAAAUAUGUGAGGCGCCCGCACGAUUGGACGAUAUUUUUGGGCCUCCUGACUCUGUGAAAAGUGAGGGCCCUGUGUCACUGUAUCCCCAGCCCUCAAAGAAGACAAAAAUUGAGAAGGUCAAGGUUAAAGAAGAGAAGAAAGUGAUUGUUGUGGAAUGAUGCCAUGCAUAAAAAUGCAUGAAAGUAUAUUUAACAAUUUAGGAAAAACUUAAACAAUGAUCCACGCUCUGAGAAAUCUGGGCAUAAUGCUUGUGCGUAAGGUGUUGUCCCAGAUUAGCCUGUGCAGUCCACACAGGCUAAUCAGGUACGACACUUUCUGCUUAAGUGACAUUUUUCGUUUAAAUGAAGUCUCUUUUUAGCAAAAAUCCAGUAAAGGCGGAAAGUGUCGUCACUGAUUAGCCGUGCGGACUACAUAGGCUAAUCUGGUACGACACUACGCACAUGCAUUAUGCCCAGUUUUCUCAGAACACGACUCAUAUACACAUGAGCCUUGCUUCUAGGAAAACAUGGUUUAAUGCAUGCACGUAAAGUAUUGUCACAGAUUAGCCUGUGCAUACCAUGCAGGCUUGUCUGUGACAACAUUUUCUGACGCAACUGGAUUUUCGCUAAGAAUCUAUUAAGAAAGGUCUUCAAAUAAAUGUUACUUUCAAAGGGACUACAUUUGCGUAAAAAUACGUUACAUAUCUAAGCAAUGUCGAAAUUCAGAUUUUAAAGUAAUGGCCCAAAUUCUUAUACACGUAUAUAAAAAGUAAAAUUUCUUACUAGCCCGGCUACAUAAAUUAUUUAAUUCCUACUAGUCCGAAUGGAUUUUCACUAGCCAAAACCCUUCGGGCUAGUGCGAAUUUCGCACACUAAGACUUAAUUUCAUAAACUAUCAAGACCAAUCUCCUCAAACCGAGAUGGUAUAGACCUGUCGCCUCCAAAAGAGAUGGUAUAGACCUGUUGCCUCCAACGGAGAUGGUUUAGACCUGUCUUCUCCAAACAAGAUGGUAAAGACUGGUCGCCUCCAACCAAGAUGGUAUUGACUUGUCUCCUCCAAACGAAAUGGUAUAGACCUGUACAGAUAAAUCCUGUAAAUUGAUGGUACCAGUUCUGUUAUAUACCAUGUACAUGUGAUUUUGGUGGAUGACUGUUCAAAGUUUUGGGUAUUUGUUGGGUGGUUUGUUUUAUUCAAUACUGUUUUGAUAUUGUUGUGUAAUAGAGACACUACAUCUAGAUCACUGAAGAUGUAUUGUUGUCUGCAUGCAUUAAACAUUGAACGUAUGUUCUCAAACUGAGAGGGUUACAGAUGUCAGCAAUGCAUUCAUCUUAAGAAAACAUUUAAUUGAAUGUCAUUUUUGUAAGAACAUAAAAUAAUCAAUUCAAACUUAUUAACUUUAAUAAAGAAUAUUUUUGAA